ACCACUCUGUUCUUCUCCCUUCUCCCUUCUCCCUUCUUAUAUAACCUUCUUCUUCUCUUCCCCACCACCAUUUUCUCCCUCCUUCGCUUAAUCACCACGCAUUCUUCAGCCAUGUUUGGGGAUACCACUUUGACCAAGGUGUUCGUUGGGGGCUUGGCUUGGGAGACUCCCAAGGAAGCCAUGAGAGAUCACUUCGAGAAGUUCGGUGACAUUCUCGAGGCGGUUAUCAUCACCGAUAAACUCACCGGCAGAUCCAAGGGCUACGGAUUCGUCACGUUCAAGGACGCAGAAUCGGCGAAGAAGGCUUGUGAGGAUUCGGCUCCGAUCAUCAAUGGCCGUCGAGCCAACUGUAAUCUGGCUUCCCUUGGCGCUCGGAGAUCCUCAAGGUCGGCUUCGGCUACUCCUCCGCAAGGUCCUCAACCAGGAUCGAACGGUGGUGCGCCGAGGACGACGUCAGCGGCUGCGGGAAACCACGUGCAGUGGUACUACCCAGCGGGGACUCAUCCGACGGCGUUUCAUCAUCAGCCUCAUCAGGCCGUCCCUUUCUAUGGAUACUCCCCGAGCCCCACCACCUACAUCGCCACCGAUAUCAGUUACAACCAUCAGAAGGUGGGGUAUAUGAACGGCGGGCCUUACGCGCAGAUAUAUCCGGGGCAGGCCAUGGUAGGGGCGAACACCUUGAUGCCGAUGUACCCGGUGUAUCAUUACCAUCAAUCACAGGCGAUGGGGAUGCCGGCACACAUAUUCCCGCCAAGUCCGACGGCGGCUGGGCCAUUUGCGGCGGUUCCACCCACUUCCAUUAUGUCCAAACCGGCAUCCGUUGGCCCCAACCCAGUUUGCUUGGUUGUGGAAUAAUAGGAAGAGUUGGAGGAGGUUGCGGGGAAUGACGAUGAUGGUGGUGGUGGUAAAAGAGGAGCAGAGGAAGAAUCAAGUAUAAACAAAAGGGGGAAGCAGGCAGGCAGGCAGAGGCUAAGGAGGGACAUUUUUAUUUAUUUAUUUUAAAAAUCUGAACAUCUCAUUCUCUUCAGUACAUGGCAGACAAAAGGGAAAAGAAAAAAAUAAGAGAGUAGACAAGGUGACGCUGGGUGGGUGGGGGUGGGCUGCUCAGAACUACAUUAUUUUUAGGCCGAUCUGUUGUAGCCCUUUCUUUCUUUCUUUCGUUCGUUCUUUCUUUCUUUCUUUAAUUUCAACUCAUUUUUGUUGCCA